UGCUAUUAUUAUCUUUUAUGGCUUUAUAGAUUCUCUUCAAGGAAUCCAUUUUUGUACAGCAUUGUUUUGGAGAGACCUUGUAACCAGAACUCGUCAUUACAAGAGCAAUUUUUUCCCAUAAAGUUUUUUUCAUUAUGUUAGUGUUACUCAAAUACAUGUCUCUGUAACUACAUAAGAAAAAUUUUGUGGAUUGCUCCGUCCAAACAUGAUGGCCUUCUGUUGUAUCAGAUCCACUAUCGCCUGCAGAAUUUAUUUCCUGGGAGCCUAGAGAAGCUCCUGAAUUUAUCAAGCUCUCAGACUCACGGUUUUCUUCAAGCAAUUUGGUUGCAAAGAUCAUGUCUGAAAUAAUAAUUGUGGUUUUAAAAUGUUUAGCAAUAAUAAAAUUUACCACUAAAAAAGCUCUCAUACAACGCACUAACCUGUUUGGGCUCUUUCGUAUUCUUCCGGUGUAACGUCAAUGUGGUAUUCAAAAUUAUUUUCUGCGUCUAUUAUUCUUACCAUCUUGCUUUUUUCAGUCAUAUUUAUUUUAUUAACAAAUGUCGUCUGGUUUUGAUAAAGUAAAACACCGUACCGGAAAACAAAACAGAAACAGGUAAUUUGCUUUUAUAGGUUAUGUUGUGGUUGUGAAAACAGUGCUGAAAACUGUUCCUUUUUUGGAGCAAAACAGCACGCUGUAUAAAAUCGGAACGACAAAUUACAGUAAAAUCAGCACAGUACAAUCCUGUACUGACAGUUAAAAACGGUACAUACCCUUAAGGCUCUGUUACAUGCAUCCGCCAUCCGUCGCCACGUCGAAAAAUCACGCCUCCUAUUGGUUCAAAAUAAUACCGUGACAAAACACAUCCGUCUUGUUUUAAACUUUUCCGAUAACGGAGAAUCUUAAAAUCGAUUUAACUUUUAUCCGUUGUCGUUCCAUUUUUAACCCUACUUUUCACUGUUUACUUUUUCGGUUCAGGUGUUCUGUGGGAUUCUUACUUACUAUUAGUCCCCUUGUAUCAGGUGUUGUGUUUUAAAAUGCAAACUUCUAGACAAGAAUACAUUCGCAAAGUGAAUACAGUUCUUCUUUUAUCGUUAAUCCUUAUUAGAAGAAAACGCCGGGCCAAGCAGCAAAGAAAAAGGCGAUUUUGGGUCAGGGACAUCUUUAAAAAUAGGAAAGUGCAAGGAGACUAUCGGAAUUUGUUGGAAGAAAUAAAAUUAACAGAUAAUGAAAAAUAUAUGAACUAUCUUAGGAUGACAAAUGAUACAUUUCGUCUACUGUUAGGAAUGAUCGAACACAAAUUACAAAAGCACUAUUGUGUUCGAGAACCAAUAUCACCUGGCGAGCGACUUGCAGUUACUUUAAGGUGACAAAUUCAGUUAGUCAACAGUCAUGUAUUUUUUUCUUUUGAUAGCUGGCAUAAAUAGCGGUAUCACCUAUAUUUAAGUUUUAUAAAUAAAGAUGACAUGCUCAAUGCUGGUUCCAUUGAUGGAAAAAAACAUGGAUAACCUUAUUACUUUACAAAGUUCAUUUGCAACUCAUACUUUUAGGUAUCUUGCUACUGGAGACAGUAUGACAUCAAUUUCAUUUGCCUUUCGGAUUGCUCAUUCUACUAUUUCACAAAUUAUAAGGGAAACAUGUGAUGCUAUUUGGGAAUGUUUGCACGAAAAAGUAUUACCAAAACCAGAUGUAGAUACUUGGAGAAAUAUUGCAGAAGGCUUUAGCGAAAAAUGGCAAUUACCACAUUGUGUGGGCGCCAUAGACGGGAAACAUGUUAUAAUUCAAGCACCUCCAAAAUCAGGCUCAACAUACUACAAUUAUAAAGGUUCACACAGUAUUGUACUAAUGGCUUUGUGUGAUGCCAAUUAUAAAUUUAUAAUGGUUGACAUAGGAGCAGAGGGUCGCCAUAGUGAUGGAGGAAUAUUCAAAAAUAGUAAUAUGGGCAGAUUAAUUGCAACAAACAAUCUAAAUUUUCCUCCACCAUGUGCAUUAAUUGACAAUGGUGAUGAAGUUAAUUUUUACAUUUGUGGGGAUGAAGCUUUUCCUUUAUCCACAUGUCUAAUGCGUCCAUAUCCAGGCCGAUUUUUACCUCAGAUUAAAAGGAUUUUUAAUUAUAGGUUGUCUAGAGGAAGAAGGGUUGUAGAAAAUGCUUUCGGUAUAUUGUCAGCAAAAUGGAGAGUUUAUCGAAAACCAAUCAUUGCACAAGAAGAAACUGUUCAUAGCAUUGUUAAGGCCACUGUUUGUCUUCAUAACUUUUUAAUUGGUGCAGAGAAAAAAUAUGUGUCUCCGACUCUUGUGGAUAGAGAAGAUAUUAAAGGGCAACAAAUUGACGGGGAAUGGCGUAACUAUGCUACCUCGAAUCUUCCCAAUAUCAGAAGAACUAGUACUAAUAUGUAUGGACGGACAGCAGAUAUAAUGAGCAAUAAAUUAGCUACAUUCUUCUGCAAUGAAGGAGCUGUACCAUUUCAAUGGGCAAAAUAAUAAUAAUCUAUUAUAAAAUUCUUUAUCUUUAUUAAACAGCACUUUAUAUAAUGGUAAUAAUUAUUAUCACUUGUUCUUUUAUUUA